CUUACAAUAUUUAAAUUCGUGUGUUCGUAAUUUGUGUUCUGUAAUUAAUUAUUUGUAGUAAAACACCACCAUGUCUAUGCAGUGUCAGUUAUGGAUGGGCAGUUUGGAGCCGAAUAUGACAGAGAGCUUCAUUGUAGCAGCUUUUCACCGCAUGGGCCAGCGCCCGCUAACAGUGAAGGUUAUGAGGAACAAGUUUACAGGAGAACCUGCUGGUUAUGCAUUUGUGCACUUUCAGACUGAUGAGGAAGCUAUAGACGCAAUGCACAAACUGAACGGCAAACCAAUCCCCGGAACAUUUCCAGUUGUCAGGUUCAGGCUAAACACAGCAUCACGCGAGGCCCGGGCUAACAUGCAAUCAGAGAGAGAAUUUUCUGUGUGGGUCGGGGACUUAAGUUCUGAUGUUGACGACUACUCACUUUACAGGAUUUUUGCUUCGAAGUACUCUUCUAUCAAAACUGCAAAAGUAAUACUGGACAGUUCAGGCUACACAAAAGGCUACGGCUUCGUAAGAUUCGGAAGUGAGGAAGAACAACGAAACGCCUUGUAUGCCAUGAAUGGAUACACGGGUCUCGGAACAAAGCCUUUGAAAAUCUGUACCGCAGUGCCCAAGCCCAAGGGGGCUCCUACUGGACAGAACCAGUCUGCUCCCAAUGCUGCGAAUGCUGCCUACAACAGCGGGACGGAGUACAACCAAUAUUAUGAUCCGUCCGCCUAUUGGCAAAAUUACUCAGCGUGGUCUGGAUACUAUGGGCAGGGCGACCAGAGCGCCGCGGUCGCGCCGGCGGCGCCGGUCGCGGACGCCUCAGCAACCGCUGCUGCGGCUGCGGCGGCCAAGACGCAGAAUGACGAUUUGCAACUUGUUGAGCACAAGAAGACCAUAGACAUAGACGAGCUAAACCAAGAGUUCCUGGAGCCCGAGCUGUCGCUGUGGGACGGCCUGGAGUCUUCGCAGUGGUUCCCCAAUGAGAUGGUCGAGGCGCACUGAUUCUAUAUUGAUUUUUGGUCUGGAGGCCUGUUUUAUAUAAACUAUUACUCUGAUAAUGGUAGCAAGUUUUAAUGGGAU